AUGGACACUAUCUCUCAAAUGAACCCACAAGAGAAGUUCAAACUAAUUCAAAUGCUUCAGAAUGAUGUGCUUAGCAAACCCAAUGGUGGCACCAGUAACAUCAACAAUGGCUCCGGUAUUGGCUCUUCGGUUAACCCAUCCUUGAACAGCUCCUUAUUCGCUGGCAGCCCCAACAACUCCUCCCCUUCAAUCCACUUUUUGCAACAUCAACAACAACAACAACUGCAGCAGCAACAACAACAACAACAACACAAUAACUUGAUUAACACACCAUCACAAUUCGUC